GGGAGUUUUGCCAUCCUGAAAAGCUUCCAUUUAUUUUCUGUCAAAAAAAAAAUCACAGGAGUGGCUUUCAGCUUUCUCUCGAUACGCAAAACAUGUUGGCACAGCUGAAGGAAACGUACGCAUGCAUCCCCUCAACUGAACGGGGUCGGGGCAUCCUGAUUUCCGGCGACCACAAGUCCAACUCCAUCCUCUACUGCAAUGGCCGAUCCAUUAUCAUCCGGUACCUUGAUCGCCCGCUCGAGGUCUCCGUCUACGCUGAACACGCUUACCAGACCACCGUCGCCAGAUACUCCCCCAAUGGAGAGUGGAUCGCCUCCGCCGACGUCUCCGGUACCGUCCGGAUCUGGGGCACGCACAACGAUUUUGUUCUCAAGAAGGAGUUCCGUGUCCUCUCGGGUCGGAUAGACGAUCUCCAGUGGUCGCCUGAUGGGAUGCGCAUUGUUGCUUCCGGUGAUGGCAAGGGGAAGUCCUUGGUUCGCGCAUUCAUGUGGGAUUCAGGUUCUAACGUAGGAGAAUUCGAUGGCCACUCAAAGCGAGUGUUAAGUUGUGCAUUUAAGCCAACUAGACCUUUCCGCAUUGCAACAUGUGGAGAGGACUUUUUGGUGAACUUUUAUGAAGGCCCCCCCUUUAAGUUCAAGCAAUCUCACAGGCAUCAUUCUAAUUUUGUGAACUGCUUGCGGUUCUCUCCAGACGGAAACAAGUUAAUUAGUGUCAGCUCUGAUAAAAAGGGCGUACUCUAUGAUGCCAAAACAGGAGAUAAAAUUGGAGAGCUAUCUUCCGAGGAUGGCCAUCAGGGAAGUGUAUAUGCAGUGAGUUGGAGUCCUGAUAGUAAACAGGUGUUAACUGUGUCUGCCGACAAGUCAGCCAAAAUAUGGGACAUAUUUGAUGAUGGAAAUGGGACAGUGAAGAAAACAUUAACUUGUUCUGGUUCGGGUGGAGUUGAGGACAUGCUGGUUGGGUGUCUCUGGCAGAAUGAUCAUCUUGUCACCGUUUCUCUUGGUGGCACUAUUUCAAUUUUCUCUGCAAGCAAUCUGGAUAAAGAUCCUAUUUCUUUUUCUGGACACAUGAAGAACGCCAAUUCAUUAACAGUGCUGAAAAGUGAGCCGAACUUUAUAUUAUCUAGCAGCUAUGAUGGUUUAAUUGUAAAGUGGGUUCAAGGAGUUGGUUAUUGUGGGAAACUAGAGAGGAAGGAAAAUUCUCAAAUCAAAUAUUUGGCUGCUGUUGAUGGAGAAAUCGUUUCAUUUGCAUUUGACAAUAAAAUAUGGAGAGCUUCUCUAUGUGGAGAUCAAUGUUCCAGUGAAAAAACUGUUGACAUUGGGAAUCAACCAAACGACUUGAGCCUCGCUCUUCACUCGCCUGAACUGGCUUUAGUAUCGAUCGAGACAGGAGUUGUUCUCAUUCGUGAGACCCGUGUUGUCUCAACCAUAAACCUCGGAUUUCCCGUGACGGCAUGUGCAAUAUCGCCCGAUGGAACUGAAGCCAUUGUUGGUGCCCAGGACGGUAAAUUACAUAUUUUUUCUGUUUCAGGUGAUACUCUGAAUAAAGAGGAUGUCCUUGAAAAGCACAGGGGAGCAAUUACUGUCGUUCGGUACUCUCCAGAUUUGUCUAUGUUUGCCUCUGGUGAUGUCAACCGAGAGGCUGUUAUCUGGGAUCGUGCUUCUCGUGAGGUAAAACUUAAGAAUAUGUUAUACCAUACUGCUCGGAUAAACUGCUUGGCGUGGUCCCCAGAUAAUAAAAAGGUAGCGACCGGAUCACUAGAUACUUGUGUCAUCAUAUAUGAAGUGAACAAACCCGCCUCCGAUAGAACAACAAUCAAGGGAGCUCAUUUGGGAGGAGUAUAUGGAUUAGCUUUCUUGGAUGACCAUAAUAUUGCAAGCUCUGGGGAAGAUGCAUGUGUCCGUGUUUGGACCCUAACCCCACAGUGACCAAUAUUGCUGGUUUAAAGUGACCAAGAUCAUGGGGACAGUUUGGAAUGUGUUCUUUAUUAGUUUUUCCCCUGAGUUGGCUGCAAUGGUGUCUGUGAAGAAAAAGAAUAUAUCCACGUGAUUACGCGAUUAACUAAAUUAACUUUUUUUAGUUAAUUGCAUACAAUUAAAAGAUUGUGAUCAUUUACUAGAUGACCAUCGAGAUUUUGUUACCACUUUAAGAGUUAUAGAUUAUUGAAUACAAUGAUAUUAAAAAUGUGUAUCUUUGUAUUGAAUUUGGUUGCUUGGUAAUGCAUUUUCUUUGUUAAAUAUGUAGUAUUUGAAAGUAGCUCUAGAAAGGAUCUUUC